CCUCUUUUCUCUCCGUCUCUCUGCAGCUGAGCUCAACUCCACACAGCAAGUGCCUUUACUUGAACAGAAGAGGGAGAAGCGGUAGGAGCGCCUGAACGCACCAGAGGAGCGUCCCUGCACUUCACAGGGAGGGCAGAGGAGCGCACGGACAGACGGGAAGCAGAGUUGGAGCAUCACGGCUCUGGCAGAGCGAGCCGGCUGAGUGGAGACCGGGGGAAUCCGCUGGCACUGUUGAUCGCGGCGUCUCUGCGUGGAAGAACAGGAGAUGGAAGACGGCAGAGCAGACAGGAUAUGCCAAGGGGGGAGCAUUUAACAGAGACAGCUGAAAGCUGAGCUCCUCUGAAAAACCAACACUGCUCUUCUUCUUCUGCUGAGAUGCACAGAAAAGAAAAAAAAAACGUUUUGUUUUUCAGUCAGGAAAAGGAAAAACCGGCUUUCAGUCCAGCUUUUAGCUGAAUCUUUUUAAACUAACUUUUCUCCUUGGAGUUGGGCCUCUAAACCCUUUAAGCACAACUUAAAGCAACCUCUUGAUUGAAGAAACUGAGUUUUGCUGGCGACAAUGAGGAUGCCUCCGUCAGUAUGACCAGGAUUACCACGACCAUCUUCUGGGAUUCCUCUUUUGCUUCAUAGAGAAAACGAUCUUUUCGGCGAUUGGAUGCUUUACUUCUGCAGGGGCACGGCAAAAAAUCCCUCUUUCCUUUCUCCUCCUGUGGAUUACACAUGGAUCUCAUGAUCUCCCUCCACAGCCUCGUGGACAAACACUCGAUGUCAGGCAUUGGGCUCAAGUACAAACAGGGACACAAGUGACUUGGGCACAGACCAGGAUUGAUUGAUCUGAGUGAAUUCAAUUAAUGCCUCCUGGAUUCCUGCCAGACACAGAAGCCAUGGAGGGGAACGCCACCAUCUAGCAUCUGAUCUGCCUCCUCGCUGGAUAAACGGAAGAAUUUCUGCUUCCCAGGAUCAACCACACUCCUCCUCCCCCCUUCCUCACGGGCAAGGAUGGUACCCCCACCCCCCACUAACAAGCCCCAUGUGUGCCUAUCUACUAUCCUCAUCAUGAGCAGCAUGGCACUGAUUGACGCCUACCUGGUUGAGCAGAACCACGGACCACGAAAGAUUGGGAUCUGCAUCAUGGUGAUGGUGGGUGACAUCUGCUUCCUGAUUGUUUUGCGCUACGUGGCAGUGUGGGUGGGCGCUGAGGUGCGCACGGCCAAGCGAGGCUACGCCAUGAUCCUCUGGUUCCUUUACAUCUUCGUGUUGGAGAUCAAGGUCUACUUUGUGUAUCAGAACUACAAAGCGGACCGGAAGAGCUUGGACGCUCUUGCGAGGAAAGCGUUGACGUUGCUGCUGUCUGUUUGCAUCCCGGUGUUGUUCAUCGUCCUGGUGGCCAUCGACCACAUGGAAUAUGUCCGGGCUUUCAAGAAGCGUGAAGAGAUCCGCAAUCGUCUCUUCUGGGUGGUGGUGGACUUGCUGGACGUACUGGACAUCCAGGCAAACUUGUGGGAGCCUCAGAAGAAGGGCUUGCCUCUUUGGGCUGAGGGCCUGAUGUUCUUCUACUGCUACAUCCUUCUUCUGGUCCUGCCUUGCGUGUCACUGAGUGAGAUCAGCAUGCAGGGCAUCAACAUCGUGCCCCACAAGAUGCUGCUGUACCCCAUCCUCAGCCUGGUGACCAUAAACAUCAUCACACUCUUCAUCCGCGGGGGGAACAUGAUUUUGUACAGGGACGCCAGGGUAUCUGGGAUCCUGAUAGGGAAGAACAUUCUGGCCAUCAUAAUAAAGACCUGCAGCUUCGUGCAGUACAGGAGACAGUUGCAGAAUGCACCGCCCGCUUUCGGCGUGGAGCUGCAGAAGAACUCUGUGGCUGGCCCGCCCCCACCCCUCCCCAAGUUGUCACGCAGGAGCAGACGCCUCUCCCCGAAGUGACAACCUGUGAACACACAUGACAUAACAGUGGUGGGGGUGGGGGGACCCUAGAACUGAAAACAUGACCCUCAGGAUGCGGCGCUCCGCACCUUUUGGGUGGUGUGAACGCUCAGGAAAUCAUGAAAGGUGAAGCGGCAUACGGGACGCCGUGGCGAGGAUCACGCUGUGGCGUCAGAGCCGUCAUGGUGCAAAAUCAAGUGUGACUUUGUAAACAUUUCUCCUAGUAAAUCGUAUUUACUGUGUAUUUUUUCUAACUGUACAAAUUUAAAAAGGCAACUAUGAAAGUAGAGGAUAUAUUUUUUACCUGUGUGUGAUGCAUUCCCAUCUUAAGUGUAGGGUCUCUGUCCUGUGCUGUGUUUAUCUGUUGCUCGGUUCUUCUCUGUUAUUGAGGGCUUAAACUUUUAAAUGGAACAGCUGAUGGAACGAUCAGAGUGAUGGGAGUGAAAAGAAGUCAAACUCUGUGUUGAAAGAAGUGUUUUUUUCUAUGUGAUUCUUUGAUAAAGUACUGUGGACAAGACAAAGGCUUUCCCGCUUUUUCAUUGGCUUUUAGUGGGUUCAUCAAAGGAGAAAUCCAGACAUGAAUCAGAUUUUAUUUCAAUUAAACUUCACAGAAAAUCUCCUAAUUAUUUGAGUUAUUGUCUCCCGGCAGAGACUUUACUUACUUGAUGAAGAAGUGCCUUUACAAGGUCAUUUAUGGAUGGCUUCAAAUGUCUUUGCUGCCGAUUCUGAUCGGAUGAAAACAUUCAAAAUAAAUGCAGAAGACAAACAGUUUAAUUACAGCAAAGGCUGAGUGUGGUGCUGUUCCUGUAGGAUUUCAUAAGAAGCAAAUCUGCAGAAGGACAAACGGCUCUGUAUAUGAAAACCUGCUCCAUGUCCUCUGUAGAUGCGGAACUGCAGUCUGUGCUGAUGUUUACACACUGGCUGUGGGGAUUCUCAGACCAAAGUGGUUCAGAGAUGUGAAUCUGUGCAAAAACACGUCGUUUUUCUUCUUAAAAAAUGAUUCUUUCUUCCCAAAACCUGUUUCUCUUCAUCAGCAUCAGUCAAGGCUGGACUUUUUUCCUUAUUGCUGAUGGUUUUUUUCAUAGUCAACAGAUACAUAAAAACAACCUUAUGCUUUAGUCCCAACUGUUGGGCUCCUUGCCACUGUUAGAAAUGAGGAAAUUAGUUUGUAUGGACAUCAUUUGGGCACUUACAUAUCACGUGCACAUGUCGUGCAUGCAGCAUUUGUGCGCGGUCAGUAAGGAGCCAGUUCUUUGACCUUACUAUCAACUAUAAUGUGGCGUAAGGACGCCGUACGACAGCAUUAUCCAAACAUUAUGUGUGUGUUGCUUCUAUUUGUUACAAAUGCUUCACAAUAAACUUAGCACAGACAGGA